AUGCACUACCUAUCCAUCCCAGCAGCAGCGCUGCUUCUGACUUCUGCGCACCAAGCCACCGCCCAGUUCGGCUUCACCUGGCACUUCGAGUAUCCAGACUGUGACAAUGGCCCUCUCGCCGACAACACCGUCUGCGACACCUCCGCCUCCCCCGCAGACCGCGCCGCUGCUCUCGUGGCCGCUAUGCCACUAAACGACAAAUUCCAGAACCUCGUCGACCGAAGCAAUGGCUCCCGUUCCCUAGGUCUGGGCAAGUACGAGUGGUGGAGCGAGGCUCUACACGGCGUAGCCGGCAGCCCUGGCGUCAACUUCUCGGACAGUGGGGAGUACAGCUACGCUACCUCGUUCCCGAUGCCGAUUACUUUCUCCUCUGCUUUUGAUGAUCAGCUGGUGUUGGAUAUUGCUACGACUAUCAGUACGGAGGCGAGGGCGUUUUCGAAUGCUGGGAGGGCGGGGUUGGAUUUCUUUACGCCGAAUAUUAACCCUUAUAAGGACCCGCGAUGGGGACGUGGCUCGGAGACACCGGGCGAGGACCCUUUCCGCAUUAUGGAAUAUGUGAAGCAUUUGAUCCUUGGGCUGGAGGGCGGUCAUAACCCGAAGCACAAGAAAUUGAUUGCUACGUGUAAGCACUUUGCUGGCUAUGACAUGGAGAUUUGGGACGGUGUCAUCCGGUACGGCUUCGACGCCCUGAUCACCAGCGAAGAUCUCGCAGGUUAUUACAUGCCCCCGUUCCAGCAAUGUGCGCGAGACUCGAAGGUGGGCAGCAUCAUGUGCAGCUACAAUGCUAUCAAUGGCGUACCAGCUUGUGCAGACAGCUACAUCAUGGACGAUAUCCUUAGGAAACACUGGGGCUGGGACAAGCCAGACCAUCCAUACGUCACGAGUGAUUGCAACGCCAUUCUCGACAUAUGGACGAACCAUGAGUACGUCAGCACACCUGAAGAAGCUGCUGCUGCUUCAUACAACGCCGGGACGGACCAGGUCUGUGAAGUGUUCAACAGGACUGCAGUCGAGGGUGCGUACGACAAGGGCUUGCUGUCCGAGGCCGUCAUCGAUCGUGCUUUAAAGAGGCAGUACGAGGCCCUGAUCAUUGCUGGCUACUUCGACCCGGCGAGUGCAAGCCCGUACAGGAGCAUUGGCUGGGAUCAGGUCAACACCAAGGAGGCUCAAACUCUUGCCCGAAAAGCGGCGACUGAAGGAAUUGUGCUGAAGAAGAACGACGGGAUCCUGCCAAUGACCUUCGAGAAGAGUAUGACUGUCGCGAUGAUCGGCAUGUGGGCCAAUGCGACGUCUCAGAUGCAGGGCGGGUACUCUGGACCGCCGCCUUACUUCCACAGUCCUCUGUAUGCUGCGGAUCAACUCGGAAUUAACUACAUCUAUGCGACUGGACCGAUCAACGAAACCGCGACGCACGGCAACUGGACGGCGGACGCCAUUGCGGCAGCGAAGAAGGCUGAUGUUGUGCUGUACUUCGGUGGCAUUGACUGGUCUGUUGAGGCAGAGGCACUGGACAGGUACCAGAUCGCUUGGCCGCAGUCUCAGCUCUCCCUCAUCGACUCUAUUUGCGGCUUGGGGAAGCCAUGUAUUGUUGCGCAGCUGGGAGACCAGCUCGACGACACGCCAUUGCUCAACAACGAUAACAUCAAUGCCAUCCUGUGGGCCGGCUACCCUUCGCAAGACGGCGGGCCAGCAGUCUUCGACAUCAUGACUGGAGCUGUGGCGCCAGCGGGUCGUUUGCCAGUCACGCAGUACCCGUCGAAGUACGUUGACGAAGUGUCUCUGCUCAACAUGAACCUCCAGCCUGGCGAUCAGAACCCCGGUCGGACUUACAUGUGGUACCCCGACGCUAUCAUCCCGUACGGCUACGGUAUGCACUACACCACCUUCACAGCAAAGUUCGGCCACGGCUCCGUCGAAAAUAAUUGCCACCGCAGCAUCCAGCACUUACUGGAGACCUGCACGGCAGAACAUCCAGACAAAUGCGAACUCGGCAGUCUCUCCAUCUCCGUCGAGAACACUGGCAGCACGACCUCCGACUUCGUCGCACUUGCAUUCGUUCGGUCGUUAACAGCAGGUCCAAAGCCCUACCCCCUCAAGUCACUCGCGAGCUACGAACGCCUCUUCUCCAUCGCCGGUGGCACCACCUCGACUGCCACCCUACCAGUCAAUCUCGGCGAGCUCGCCCGCCGCGACGCGCAAGGUAAUUCCUGGUUAUAUCCAGGCAAGUACGAGAUGCUGCUCGAUGUGCCGACGCAGGACACGAUUGUCUUUACGUUGACGGGCGAGGCGGCGAUGUUGGAGGAGUGGCCUCAGCCGCCUGCUAAUCAGACGUAUGAGGCGGCGAGGGAUUGUCAGGCGUAUGGGCCUUGUAAGCAGCUUGGGCAGCCGUUGGAGUUGUAG